CUUGAUGGUUCAGCAGUGUGAGGAGUCGGGGGCUGCGCUCGCGCCGGUGUUCUCGUACUUUCCACCUCUACAACCUGCAAAACUACGAUACCUGAGAUUUCUUAUAUUAUAUGUGUAAAAUUGUAACCAGACGACUUGGUGGUGCACGACAUUGAAAGAUACUUGUAGGACAAGAUAAACGAAUCUGGUAAACGUGUUAAGCUUUCGAGUGGAGUCGCUGGAGAGUGUGUUUGGUCCUUGCUUGCAUCUUCAGUCUGGUGUAACUGAAGUGAUGAAGUAGACAAUGGAGAGAAAGAGAGGAAGAGGUCGGAGGAGGCAGGGUUGUCGAGGAGACGAGGAUUUGGAUGUGCGUUUAUCUAAGUCUUUGUCUUUCGUCUUGCGCCAUGGAGCAGCUCGAAUGAGGCUCAACAUGAGCAGUGAUGGCUUCUUGUUGGUGGAAGACCUGCUGUCACAUCCGCAGUUCCAUUCCUUCUCACUGGAAGACAUAGAGAGGGUGGUGGCUAAUAAUGACAAACAGCGAUUUAAACUCCGCAGGCAUCCUAGUACUGGACAGCUGGAAAUUCGAGCAAAUCAGGGGCACUCUUUCCAGGUAGUGGAUUUGGAGCUUAGAGAAGUCCAUCUUGAUUCUCCAGACUGCCCCAAAGAAGCAGUCCAUGGCUCCUACCUCAAGCAUUGGCCAUCCAUUCGUACCCAUGGUUUGAGCAGGAUGAAACGCACCCAUAUCCACCUGGCGCCAGGGUUGCCCGAAGAGAGUACAGUCAUCAGUGGCAUGAGGCAGAACUGCGACUUGGCAAUUUACGUUGAUGUUUGCAAAGCUCUUGCAGAUGGAAUCUUGUUUUUCUGGUCUGACAAUGGGGUGCUGUUGACUCCAGGGGAUACAGAUGGGAGACUUGCUGCAAAGUACUUUACACGUGCUGUCCAGUUGAAACCCACAAAUUGUGAACUUCCACUGGAGUAGGUGAAGAGACCAACUUGGCAAUUGGUGCAAGCCGAAGAUUGCGAUGGCAGCAGAAUAGUUGUUGACACUUAUGUGUUGUCAAACUGGAAAUUAACUGAGAAACUAUCACAACUAGCCCCAUGUGCACUGUAAAGAAAUAAAGGUAUGAGCAGUACUCCAGUUCUUCUCCAGAUGACUCAUUAAAGAAUAAAUAAACUUACAUUACUGAAACUGUUACCGAAUGUUGCACAUUUUAUUAAAAC